CGUUCUUUACAAGCUAAUAUUAAAUUACAAUCCUAUUCCAAUUCAUUUUUACAUAGACAAAGCAUGACCUCAAUUCACUCUGGUUCGAUCAACCGCGUUAGAGACAUCCCAUUAGCUCAAAUUCGCCGUCCGAUUCCACCAGUCCUCAACCACGAGAAGAUUGAUGCAAUGGUGUCCACGCUAAAGGGUACCCCGAUGGCCUCUAAUAACUGCUCGCUUUCAGAGAUCACCUCCGGUGAAUUGACUCCUAUUGACGUUAUGCAUGUCCGAGACCAAGGGAAAGACUACUAUUUCGCCUUCGGUGGGUGUCAUCGAUUCCAAGCAUACGACAAAGCUGGCGUCAAGGUGGUACGAUGCAAAGUGCUUCCAGCAACCAAGAAGUCACUCAAACUCUAUUUGGGGAAUAGUAUUGACUCAUUCUUCGAGAAGAACGAGUGAGGUGAGCAAACUCUGAGUGAGGUGAACAAACUCUGAAUGAGCUACUUGGCACCACUGUUCGAUUACAAUGGCGGAUUCAUCAAAGCCCUUAUUGAUGAAUUUGGUUACACCACAGGUAAGGUAUGGGUAGAUCCUGGGUUAGACAGUUUGCGUAAU